UUCAUAACCUGGACAUACAGAUUAUUUCACUGGAGUGAGGAAAGAAAAUUUUAAUUUACUUGCAGUGUAAAUGUGAGUGUGUCACCUGGUGAGUGAAUAUUGAGUGAGUUUAUUGGGAAGUUUGUGGAAAAAGGAGAAUUUACAAUCAUAAGGUAACGGAAACUCAGGCGGAACUGUUCAUGUCUUGUUGAGGGUAUUGUGUGAGCGUACAGCUUGGGGUGUGUUAUGGUUCUAUAUUGCUUCUGUACAUGCACAAUACUCAUCAUUGACAGGGAAUAACAGGCUGGAGUCACUGCUUGAAUGAAGAAGUGCUGUACAUUGUAAACCUGAAAGUAUUCUAUGCGAUAGCUUUCCGGAAGGGAAAAGUUAGUGUGUGACCAUAUAUCACUGUUCAGUGUCUUGUCAGCCAAACUUGAUCCAACUUGUGAUUAUCGUGUUGAAUGAAGAUUGCGUAGGACUCGCUGUGAGGAAAACUGUACUCUUACUGAUCAAUAGAAUUCCUUUUUCUUACCACAUAUCGCCAACCCGGACAAAACAAGUCAGAGCCGUGUAUGUGUACUGUUUUGACAUUGACGUGAUUUCGAAAUGAAUGUGACAGCAGGUGAAAUGUACAUGCAACUGAGAGCUGUUUUGAAAUUCGUGUUGGCCAAUAUUAACCAAUCCAAGUGAUCAGUGCAUUAGGUAGAGAGAGAUAGGGGUACGCCUCCCAACAACCACAGUACAGAGAUAGUGAUAUCUUCCGCGCUGUAUCAACACAAGAGUAGGACACAGUCAGUUGGGAGGAUAUCGUAGUGAGAGAGAGAGAGGCUCAGUCAGCUGACUGGUGAGAUUAUUGAGAGGCCGUUCCUCCCCUCCUCUCCCACAGGUGGAGUGCCAUCCUGGAUUAUCUGCCAUCGACAUCAGAACUGUCAAGAUUUUAUUUUCAAGUCCAUGCUGUGAAUUGCUGAAGCUUCAGUGUGUUGUAUUACAGCUGAAUUUUGUUCCCGGUGUGAGGAAAUUUCUAGAAGCAAAUUGAUUGUUUGGGAGUGAUUGUAUUUGUGGGAUAGCGUGAGCUAUUUCAAAGUGAUUUGCUUCCAACUGAAGCCAGUGUUUUCCGAGGGUGGCUAUUUUUGGAUUACAAAACGUAACGUGAAGACAGGCAUGCCAAGAUGAAACUUCUCGGAGUAGAAGCCGUAAAUGAGGAAACCGCCUUCAUACCGAAGACCGGUGCUGACCAGACACCAGCAGAAACUCCUACUAUCAUAGUAAGUUCUGCCGAUCAGCAACCCAACGGGAAUGAAAUUGAAAAGGCAGCUCCAACGGAUGAGGAAGAAAAAGGAGAUAAUGCCCACCUUUCCAAGGACCAGAUACCUCUGGCUGAUGCCGAGGACCCGGAAUCUCCGUUUGCCAAUCAUAUGGCACUGUAUGAGGAUGACUUGCAACAUCAGGGUAAAAUCUCACAAAUCAUUAACCGUAUUGCCAACUACCAAGCAGGCAUUACGCCCAAUCCUAACGACGUGGAAAAGGGAAAGGGCCAACAGACAAAAAAAGCCAACCUAGGGACCGUACUAGGGGUGUAUCUACCAUGUAUACAGAACAUCUUCGGUAUCCUUCUGUUUGUGCGGAUGACAUGGAUUGUAGGAAUGGCAGGUGCCAUGGAGUCUUUCUUCAUCGUCCUCAUCAGUUGUCUGACGACACUGUUGACCUCCAUUUCAAUGAGUGCUAUUGCCACAAAUGGCGUUGUCCCUGCCGGGGGAUCUUACUUCAUGAUUUCUCGGGCUCUGGGACCUGAGUUUGGAGGUGCUGUAGGAGUGCUCUUCUAUCUGGGGACAGCUGUAGCUUCUUCCAUGUACAUCAUUGGUGCUGUGGAGAUAUUAGUGACUUACAUGGCACCACCGAUGGACAUUUUUGGGAAUAUAUUCCACAGUUACAGAUUAUAUGGAACAGCAGUCAUGCUGGUCCUAGCGUUUGUAGUGUUCAUUGGUGUCAAGUUCGUCAGCAAGUUUGCUGCUCUGUCACUGGCCUGUGUCAUCAUAUCUAUAGUCUCCAUCUACGUGGGCAUCUUCGCCUCAAACCCCGACAGCAGUGUGGAGAUAUGUGUUCUCGGAGAUCGACUGCUGACAAGUGAUUCUGUCAUGGUGAAUGGAACCUUCUUCUGUGAGAAAAACAUUUCCAGCGCCAUCUACCACAAUUACUGUGGCGUGAACAACAACACCGGUGACGCAUGCGAGUACUACAACAAAAACGAAGUCCAUCAACUCAAGGGUAUUCCAGGCAUUGCAAGUGGGAAAUUUAUGGAGAAUGUUUACAACCACUACACUGAGGAAGCAAACAUCGUUGGCACCGAUCAGAAGGGGUCUGAGGUUAGAGGGGAGGUCUUGGCCGAGAUAACAACGUCAUUCAUGAUCCUCCUGGCUAUCUACUUUCCCUCAGUUACAGGCAUCAUGGCCGGUUCCAACAGGUCUGGUGACCUUGCUGAUGCCCAGAAAUCCAUUCCAGCAGGAACUAUAGCUGCUAUUUUAACCACUUCCGCUGUGUAUAUCAGCUCGGUGCUGUUCUUUGCUGCAUGUAUUGAAGGUCAUCUACUGAGAGACAAGUAUGGUGUCAGUAUAGGUGGGAGUCUGCUGAUUGGAACGCUGGCCUGGCCGAACGAGUGGGUCAUCAUGAUUGGAGCCUUCCUGUCCACACUUGGGGCGGGGCUGCAGACUCUCACAGGUGCUCCUCGCUUGCUUCAAGCCAUUGCCACCGACAAUGUCAUCCCAUUCCUGUCCAUAUUCAGUAAAACAACGAAACGUGGCGAGCCAGUGCGCGCCCUCCUGCUCACCAUGCUUAUCUCCGAGUUUGGCAUCCUCAUUGCCAGCCUGGACUAUGUUGCUCCCAUUAUUACCAUGUUCUUCCUCAUGUGCUACGGCUUUGUGAACAUGGCUUGUGCGAUGUUGACGCUGCUACGAACACCAAACUGGCGACCUCGGUUCCGUUUUUACCAUUGGAUACUGUCGUUGGUGGGACUCACGCUAUGCAUCACACUCAUGUUCAUAUCAAGCUGGUACUAUGCCCUGACGGCCAUCGCUCUGGCCUGCUGUAUAUACAAGUACAUUGAAUACAAGGGUGCUGAGAAGGAGUGGGGUGAUGGUAUUCGAGGUUUAGCGAUGUCUGCCGCUCGUUACUCCUUGCUGCGGCUCCAGGAAGGGCCCCCACACACCAAGAACUGGAGACCUCAGCUGUUAGUGUUGUUAAAGUUGGAUGACAACCUGCAACCUAAAUACCCCAAGCUUGUCAGAUUUGCCAGUCAGCUGAAAGCAGGCAAGGGUCUGACUUUAGUCAACACAGUGAUUGAAGGAACAUUCACGGAAAAGUUUGCAGAUGCUCAAGCUGCCAAACUUGCCCUAGACAAGCUGAUAAAGGAUUACGGCGUGAAGGGAUUCUCUGAUGUAUUGAUAGCCAGGUCUGUCACAGAGGGACUGUGUCAUUUAGUACAGAACGCUGGUCUGGGAGGGUUGAAACACAACACAGUCGUCGUUGGAUGGCCAUACGGCUGGAGACAUGACUCGGAUGAAAGGAGUUACAAAGUGUUCCUGGACACUGUACGAAAUGUGGGAGCUGGUCAGUUGGCCCUGUUGGUGUGUAAAGGAAUCGCUAUGUUCCCUGACAAUGAGAAACUGCGUGGUACGAUUGACGUCUGGUGGAUUGUUCAUGAUGGCGGGCUGUUGAUGUUGCUGCCCUUCCUCCUGAGGAUGGACCGAUCAUGGAAGAACUGCAAGCUGAGGAUCUUUACUGUGGCUCAAAUGGAAGACAACUCGAUUGAGAUGAUGAAGGAUUUGAAGACAUACCUUUACCAGCUGCGUAUCGAGGCUGAGGUCAAUGUUGUGGAGAUGAGCACCAUUGACAUCUCUGCAUACACAUAUGAGCGUACACUGAUGAUGGAACAGAGAACCCAGAUGUUGAGGGACAUGAGACUGAAUAAAAUGGAGCCACAAGCCAUUGUGGAUCGAUCCCACCUGACACCAUCAGAUGUGAUGUUACGUCUGGACCCAGUCCCUGAGGAGAACGAUGACGAGAGCUCAACUGACCCCACCGAUCACAGUAAACGCAACCAGUUCACCUUCACCCCUCAGCAAGGGGGGCAACUCCUCAAUCUCAAGCCAUCUUCUCAGUCACUUCCUAAGCCAGACACAAGGAAUGUGAGGAGAAUGCACACCGCAGUGCGACUCAAUGAACACAUCGUAGAGAAAUCCCAUGAUGCUCAACUUGUGAUUCUUAACUUACCUGCACCACCAAAGUCAAGUGCUGGGGAAGAAAGCUACAUGGAGUUCCUGGAAGUGUUGACAGAGGGUCUGGACCGAGUACUGAUGGUGAGAGGAAGUGGCCGUGAGGUUAUCACCAUCUACUCUUGAUGACCUUUCAUGUAGGUCAAGGUCAGCGCAGAAGUCACAUAUCAGGGAGGCAAACAGUUGUUUGAUGAGGACUUGUAAUCCAACCAAGGAUGUGAUGUCACUGAUGGAUAGAUAAGCAGGAGGACAGUUUAUUUUGAUAACAUCGGUAUACGCUUUGAAGCUGUUGUGGUGGAUGGAUGGAAAAUUAUUUUAGUAAACUAUUUAGGGUAGGGGAAGAUAUUUUAUGGCAAUUCCAAUAACUUAUGUAAUCCAUUAAUGUAAAUAUAAAUAUCAGUGUAUGAUCUAUAUCAUGAAUCAGUUUUCCCUUACAAACAAUAUUCUGAACACAGUAUUUAAAAUCUUAAUCAUUUCUUUUCUCUUUGUCAAUAAUAAUUGGAUAAGAACAGUUUUAACAAAUGCCAUUCCAUGGCCUUUUCAGAGAGCACCGAAACAUUUACAUAUUUAUGUCAUGACAUUACUUCUGUUCCCAUAGUGACCAUGGGUUGAAUUACGUCUUGGUUAACUAACAUCAUUGCCUGUUUGACUUAAUUUUCUAUCCAUGAUACAUAAAACUGUUUAGAUAUACCUCAGUUACUGUGUUGCUAAGCAACCAGUCAAGGUCACAUUUUAUUAGACUUUCUGUCAUCUGCAUAUUAUGUUGCAAUGUACAUAGCUCGCUGGAACUUGUGAUUUAAAUUAUGGAGACAUUCUAUGUAUAUCCAGUAUUUAAUGUCAGAUGGUGUACAUAUCAAAUGGCGUUUUAUCCAUCAGAGCAGAGAAGGUUGUCUUUGGGCAAUGGUUACCCCCGUAAGCUAACUGUAGGCACUUAGAAUGCUUAUGACGGAGUGGUCAUCAAUCAUAGAUUCUGCGGUCUGAAUUUCAAACAUGUGAUCUAGCACCCUUAUUGUACUGAGUUUACCAUAGGAAUAUAAAAAUCAAAACAUGACGUGCCAAUUAUUGCCUCUUAUUCAUGUUCAAAUGGUGUUAUAUAUUACAAGUAAUAAUUUUAUUUUAACAAUGCCAUAAAGUCCCUGAUUAAUUCUCCCUUGAAUUUUGUCGAAAGUUUUAAAAAAAUGAAAAUUGUGAUACAUAUUAUUGUGUCACAUUGCAGGCAUUGUGUUGUUCAUGGAUUACACGAAUCUGCAAACAUGACCAUAUUAAUGAAAUGGCUCAAUGAUUUCUGUCUAGACCAAUAUUGUUUUUUUUAUUUCUGAAUGUCCUUGUUAUUUAUUUUGUGCUGAAAAUACAUGUUUUAUCAUCCUCUGUCUUAUCAUACAUUAUAAAACAUCUCCCAUUAAUCAAAUAUGGACUUUUUAUGCCUGGAUGUUGUGGCUCGGAACUUCAAUACACAUCUGUCUCAGUGGAACACCAAAUACUGUCUGCUUUUGGCUUACUGCUUAGAUAUCACACUUGACUGCUUGGCAUAUUCACAGCCUUUCUCCAUGUAAUUGGAGAAUGCUGAUUCAAUGCUAUUUUAGUUGUAGAUAAAGUUGACAUGAAGGAUAUAUAUAUAUGUUUCAUGUAAUCAAAUAUUCUUUAAAGAAUGUACUUGUGUCAAAGUAGACAUUUUACAAUAUUAUUUACAAUGUUGAGUUCGAAAAACAUUAUUAGCCUGUGUUGAAAUAUUGAAUAUGGGCAUACAGAAUAUAAUGAUUUUUAUUUUUGUAUUUCCUGAAAACUGUUAUUAUCCAGAAUGAAGAAAGUACGGGCACUAUGGAGUUAACUUUAUUUAUCCAAUGGAAUUAUGUUCCUUAUUGCUGCUCUGCUGACGUUGACAUAUCACCAUGGCAACCACCAACUAUAUAUAUGCUACUAUUCAAACAACUUGUUCCAUAACAGGAUGAAUUAUGUUGGACUGGGUAGUCAGGUACGGAAGAUUUAACAAUAAGUGUUGUCUUAUUUCAGAUUUCAGUCAGGUAUGGAAGAUUUAACAAUAAGUGUUGUGCUAUUUCAGUCAGGUACGGAAGAUUUAACAAUAAGUGUUGUGUUAUUUUUAGACUAUUAUUUCCUGAUGAUAGAUGAUUUUAAUGCUGAAGAUAAUUUGAUGAUGUACAUCCUUGAAGGCCAUAAUCAAAUCUCGUUCCUGUAUAUUUCGUGUCGUGUACUGCUGGAAAUAUAUAUCUGAUAGACAUGUGCAACAUAUUUUGUAUUACAUUUUUUCAUUGGCAGGUUCCAUUUUCGUAGGUUUGCAUCAUAUACAGUGAGACACUGUUGAACCUGGCUGUACUGUUUGGUGGUAUGGGUUAUUAAUCUAUGAUAAUGGAGAGAUAUCACUCUGCAUCAAUGUUAUAUUGUGGCAUUUCACUACAUAAAUAUUACACCUGUAGUUGUGAUCAAGUUAAAGCCUGAUAUAUUUGCUAUUAUCAAGUUUGACAAAGAAGCAGAAAAUGUGGCACAGUGACUGCUAAUAGCAAAGAUUUUGCUGGAAAGUAAUUGGGUUAUUUUCAGUUAUUCAGAUAGAUCAACAUUUCAGACAUACUGUGUUUAAGAAUGACUCUGCUUCCCCUUUAUUUGACCGAGAAACAAAUUUUUGAUAUCACCUGAAGAUAGUUCUCAUUGCAUAUCUUUUAUGUUCAUAAUCAAUGUUUUAUCUUUGUUAUUAUCUGAAGAACAGUUUUAAUUUGGACCAUUAUAUUAUUUUGAUAGUUUAUUUCUAGUCACAGGGUCUCAAAGGAUUUAUCUUGUUAAAUUAUUUUGUUAUAUUGUGUUUUAUUACUUAAAUUACACUCUGUCAUCAAUCUCUCCCUGGCUUGUCAUUCAGUUCAAAUGUACCUUAAUAUGAAUGUGUUGGAUACAAGAUAGUAAGAUUCUGACUUGUAGGAAUAACUAAAGUAAUCUUGCAUGUCCUCAUAUCAGGACAUUAUUGUACUGUCGAUAUGUUUUAUCAUUUCUAUCAAAUUCUGUGAAAUAUAUGAAAACAUAUCUGUCAACAUGGAUUUCAACAUGUUCCUUCAGUGAAUAUUUGUAUACAGGUGUUAGUACUUUUAUCAAUCACAUGAUAGAGUUUGCUUUAUAAAGGUACUGAACAUCCCUUUGAAAGAAUAUAGAAGUUGAUGUCAACCACAGUUCAUAGUAACUAUCCCAUUGUUAUAACAUAAUCUGAAUUGUACUAUUGUCAGCUUUUAGCAUGAUUAAGAAAAGGUUUUCUCGCUUUUAUUUUUACUGAUACUUUUAUCAAUGCGGCUUAAUAUACUGGACAAAAUAAGUUAGGGAUAUUGGUAUUUUUGUUAUUGAUAUUUUAUCAGUGUGUCAAUGAAUAAAUAGAUCAUUAUUCAUAAUUUCAAAAGUUACAUAUAUCCCUAAAUAUUUUUGUCCAGUAUAUUAAGGUCAAAUACACAAUGUGAAACUAAAAAUAUAUAGAAUGUACUUUCUUUCAGUACUUUUUUUCUUGUGAAGCAAGUGGUUCAUAAGCAGCUUGAUUUCCAUGGAAACUUCAUGUUUUUUUUGCAUCUUUUGUCUUUAUGCAUCAAAACUUUGCAACUAAUACUUGGAAUUAACUGUUUUGAAAGUGUGUGAUUUUAUUGGGUUGUCUCCCCUUACAUCAAAUCGGCCAUAUUGCCAGGAUCUAUAGUUCAUGAUUAUUGCUUUUACUAGUAUGCUGCAAGUGCUGCCCCGUAGUGGGCAUCCAGAAAAGCAUUAUUAUGGUGAUGUUGUCAUGUGUCGAGAACACUGUAUAGGAACUCAUCAGUAGAGACGAAGAAGUGGCUGUCUAAUACUUUUGAUGAUUGUACCUCACAAUGUAGUAAUAAUAUAGGAAUAUGAUUUCGAAAUCAAUAUUGACAUGACAAGGAAAAAAUAGUCUUAACUACAAUAAGAGGCCAUAGCAAAUCAAUUAUUUGUUCUUCAGAUUCUUUGAUAAAACUUAGGUCAAAUCCCUUAUGAAAAAGGGCAAAAUGAAAAUUUCUUAUGGCUUUUGUGUGUCAUGCUGUGUUGCCACACAUUGUAACAAAAUGAUACACACGAAAGAUUUCAGGAAGCACCUGUUGUUUUUCUUGCCAAAACUUUAGAAAGGAGGUAUUUUUGCCUGAUACUUUUAACUGAAAUUUGGUAAUAUGUGCCUUAUAAAAUAUACACACACAAAAUUGAAACCAAGAUACUGCUAGUGGAAAGGCAGAGAUUUGGCGAACAAAUAAUGAAUUUAUUAUGGUGUAGGUUUGUUUCAGUGAGCUUCAACAUGUAUUAUGCUAUUGGUGCUUCAUUGUCGAUGUGAUUUGUUGCCCUAGAUAGUUUGGUAGUUGCUGGCUGUCUAACUUGGGUAAUAAGUAAGAUACAGUUUUGUCGCUACUUUUGUAGGCGUAUAUAUACAACGAACCUGUAGUUUUACUAUGUAGCAUGCUGAUAAUAUAAUAGUAUUCACCCAUUGACUUUCAUGUGCGUGAUUUCUUAAACAAUGACUCAUUCCAAAAUCUUUACAAUCUAUAGUCUGUUUGAAUUAAUUCUUUUUGGGUGUGUUCACAGUUUAAGUGGCAGUUUGUAUUUUCUAAAUCACAAGAGGUUGAUUAUUCGGUGAAUAAAUUAUGAGAUUUUUUUUACACUGAUGGAUGAAAGUGAAGUUAUUUUCAAGAAACCCAUUGUAAAGAAGCCCUCCAGUUUAUUAUUAUGAUUAUAUAUAUGUCUAUGUAGAUUUACAUCUCAAGGUAGAUUAUUCAUUAGUUGAAAACUGUCUUGGCUUAAAAGUGAAAACAUCUGAAGAGGCAUUAGCAAAUGAUUUGGAAGAACAGUUUUGAGAGAAUGUAUGGUUGCCAUUACAAUAUAAUCUAAAUGAUAUACUUAAUAUUAUACAUACAUUUCUUUGGAGUUUUUCAGUGUGUGUGUUAAAGAAUGUAGUGUGUAGUUGCGUUGUGAAAGACUUCAUGCAGUUAGUGUUUACUAUUUAUCUAAUGAUAUCAUUAUUAUUAUUAUACAACAGUAAUAGCAAAUAUGUGUGAAACAACUCUGUAUGAAAAUGUUUCCAUGCAUUUUUCAUGGGCAAAUGUAUCGCUACAUUUAAUACAGUGACAAUAUAGAACAAUAUAUUCCUUUUUAAUAAGACAAUUUUCUGGUUGUACAUCAUUAGAUCUGUCAAUAAUUGUGAAAGCCUGAUUGCAAGUGUGUUUUUACACUGACCUAGUUAAUGAUACUUUUAUGCAAAACUUCUUUUGUUUAUGAAAGGAAUAUUUGAUUUUGACGACCAUCACUUUCAGGUUCUCUAUAUGAUGAUUCUUAUCUGUAAUAUCUUCUGAUGUAAGCCCAUGCUUACAUAUAUGUUCAAAGAGGGGUCUAUGGUUGUAUUGAUAGAUGUGUAGAAUAUUUUAUGAAACGAAAUUUGUUUGGAGAAAGAUUUCUGCCCUGUGAUGCAUAUAUGCAGGUGUAGUUGUGAUGCAAGCGUUGUGUAGCUGAAGUGUUGUAAAGGUGUAUUGCAUGAAAUCAACAACUUUAUACGUGUAUAGUCACACAAACUACAUAUGAAAUUUAUCCUAGGAGUAGAAUGUGCUGUAUGAUAGGCCUUUCACAAAUGUUGGCCAGCCAUGGGAUAAACAUUCCAGUCUUGUUUUUCAACCCUGAAUCAGAAGCUAAGUGGGUAUUAUAACUUAUAUCAGUCCUUUCGAAAGGACCAAUAACAGCAAAGCAUUUUCUUUGUGUCCAGGUCAGUUGUUUAAAUUUCCUGGUGUUUCCAUUUUCUUUUGGAUAAAAAUUUAGUAAGCAAAUUAAAAGAAAAUUUGGUUUAGCAAAUAUACCAGAUAUAUACCAGAAAUGGGCUUCACACAUUGUGACCACUCAGCUACCCCACAGUUCAGGGUUAGAAACAAGAGGGAAUAUUUAUCUUCUUUAGGUUGGUAAUGUUAGUUUUCCUGGUUUACAGGUUCCACAAGAAAAUUAAAAUAAAUAAUUAAUUUUAUCUUUUUAAUAAUUUUAAUAAUAAACAAUUUGUAAACACUAAAAUUAUUUUUAUAAGGUAUGCUUUGUGCAUGUUUUGGUCAUAUUUUAUAAAACAAAUCUGUAAACUAUGAAGCAAAAAUGGUGAAAUUGUUCAUGGGCUGUAGUAUACACAUGUUGGUACAUUGUUACAUUGUGCUGUUGACUGUACAUACAUAUUCUAUUUUACAUGGGAGCCCAUCGUCCCUGUCAUUGUCAUUUUGAAGACAGCAUUUUAUAUGUGAGGGGAAGUACUUUUGAAGCUGAUAUUGUAUAUAGAGGAAAGUGACAAUAUUGUAAUAUAAAUGAGGACACUUAAAGGCAUGUCUGUUUAAAUUAUUUGUGAUCACAUACCAAAUAAACGUUUAAUUGAUAUGUAUUUGUUUAUAUACUCUUUGUGUUCCAGUCUCUGAAAAUGCUUUUAGUUAUCAAAAACAAGGUCAUGAUAAAUGAGAAUACUGUAGAAUAUAAACAUAAGUUCUUGAUAUCAGUUGGGAUGUUAUUUAGGUUAUAAGCUGGUCAUUUGACUUCCAGGAUAAUGAUAUACAAGCUAUAAAUCAUGACAAGAAAUCUGAUAGGUAUUUAUGGUAAUCAUAAUACUAUAAUAAUGUCACGAAAAUCUGAGUGAUAAAAAUCUUAUCAAUUAUUGCCAUUUUAGGAAACAGCAUUGAAGUAUUGAAUUAUGAGACCCGCCUGUAUGUUUUGGGUGUGAUUGUUGCAGAUGUGUAGAAAAUUAACCUCAGGAUACUGUUUCUAGAUACUGUUUAGAGAAAAAACUUAUCAUUCAUAUCUCACUCCUUAUUGGAAGGAAAUGUUUCUGAAGGAUAAUUAAACUGUAGUGUUCGGCAGUGUGAGAUCAUCGAUAAUCUGAUUAAGGAAAUAUUUGAAUAGUAAAUUGGUUUCUAGGGUAAAACGUUACAGUAUGUCUCAUUUACCAAGGCCUUGUCUGUAUAGGGAUGGAGAUUCCUGUGUUUCAGUUCAUACAGACCUGCUGGUGUCUUCAGCACUAGAGACUUCCUAGACUAAGGAGCAGUUAUUUUUUCAAACAUAGAUUGCUUCUGAACUAAAGUCACUUCAGAAUUAAA